AUGCAGCAUGCGGCGACUUUAGAGGAGGAGGAUGAGAUCCUGCAAAUACUUCGAGGUUGCUCAGUACACUUGCAGUACUUCAGCAAUGCUCAGCGCUGCACGCCGACCAAGCUUCAGCAGCAGCAGUUUUCUCAACGGCUGUUGUUGCUCUAUUUUUCCCUUGUGGGACGCGAUCUGCUUGGGGAGAAUUUGACGAACGACCAUGAGUUCUCGAACACGGAGAGGCGCAACGUGUUUGAGGAGAUGCGUCUUUGCUACAACACUGAAACUGGAGGAUUUCAUCCGGUGCCUGUAGACCAGUACGCCACAGGUGCCACAUUGGCCAUGACGCACUGUGCGCUUCACAUGUUAAACCUCGUCGGCCUCCUUCCCGAGGCCACCAAGAAGUGGCUUUGCAGAGAGAACGUUAUGUCUUUUGUGACGUCAUGCCAAGUUGGGUCCGAGCGUUCUCUCUUUGGGGAGUCCUUUCGAGGCGCUUUUCAGGCGGCUCCGGGUAUUGCAGAGGUGGAUCUUAGAUUUACCUACUCCGCUCUUGUUUCCAUGGCGCUGUUAUGCUCACCGUCGCCACUCGCUGCUGUGCCAUCACUACAGAACACCCUCCAGGGGGCCGUCGCCUUCAUUUGGCGUUGUUGGAACCCACACGAGGGUGGAUUUGGAGCGGUACCUGGCGCGGAAUCACAUGGAGGAAUGACUUUUUGCGCGGUGGCAUCGCUGACGUUGGCUGGCGCAAUUUCGUCUUUAACGCGGAGACGCCGUCGCUUACUGGUACGCUAUUGUACCGCUCGCCUUUCGGGGGGGCCUGACGAUCAUGAGGUUGUUGGCUGUGUGGGGGUCCGUGUACCAGUUGUUGGGUAUCAAGGGAGACCCCAGAAGGACUGUGACACCUGUUAUGCACACUGGAUCGGCUCCACUCUUCGCAUUCUCCAAGCUCACGAUAACUCCGUGUUUCCCGUGGAUGUUCUUCCUGUCCUUAGGUUCAUUGAUGCCUGCGUUGAUUCCCGUCACGGUGGCAUGUGCAAGACCCUUGGUAUGGGUCCAGAUAUUGUCCACGCAUGUCUGGGGUUAUCGGGUCUUCUUCUACAUGUUGAUUCUCGUUGUUUAUCGAAGCUGCUACCGCCACAUCCCGUGUACGGUUGUUCCUGGUUUACUGUGCGAAACACUGGAUUGCCUGAACUUUUGUGUCCUCCCACAAGCGCAUUGUAG